GAAAGUUCCACGCUCUCUGCAAGGCAACGGCACGUCAAAAAUCGCCAUUCUCCAGAAGAGUGGGAACACCAGAAAGCCCUCAUUGAGAGACUUUAUCUAGAUGAGGACAAGACAGUGGAGGAGACCAUGCGGUAUUUGAAGGAUGAGAAGAAUUUCGUAGCUGGGGAAAGAAAGUUCAAAAUGCAGCUGAAAGAUUGGGGUUUCGACAAGAAUAUCAAAUCUUCCGUUAUGCAACUCAUGCUGGCAAAGUCAACGAAGCGC